CAAUUAUUAUGACGGGCACAGAGUAGCUAUCUGGUUACGUACCUGGCUCGAUGAGUGGCUUGCGGCGGUUUCACGUCAAGUCGAGACAUGGCUGCGGCCAGUGCAAGAGGAGACACGUCAAGUGCGAUGAGCAGCCUCCGAGAUGCGCUGGCUGCGUCAAGAGAAAUCUACAAUGCGACUACCAGGAGAUGCAGCCAGGCCUGGAACUGCAGCGAGUCCCUCCACAUCCGACCAGCAGCAGUCUAGUCUUCGACUUCCACCCCUUGACUCGUCUGGUCAACAAUACUCACCGAACAAGCCCAUAUAUCCCGAGCAUCCAAAGCCUCAGUCUCGAUGUAGAUCUUACGCACCAGGACUCGCUCCUCCUGCACCACUACUCCUCCAUAACAUGCCAUACCCUCUUCCACCCGCUCGACCAGGCCCGCGCCUACACAUGGCAGUCUCUCGUGCCCCAGCUGGCUCACAUAUACCCGUUUGUCAUGCACAACAUCCUCUCCCUCGCUGCAAUGCACCUGGCCUCGCUCCAGCCGCAUCUCCUGCACAAAUACACCCUCCUCGCAGCCAGACACCAGUCCCACGUCAUCACGGCCGCCCGGGCCCGCGUUGCCAGUCAACAGGUCACCAGCCAGAACUGCAGUGCUGUCGUCAUUUGCUCCGCCCUCUUACUCCUCUAUGAGCUGGCCAUCUUGCACCCGUCGUACUUUGUCUCGGAACCUGUGUCUACCUCAACCUCAACCACAACUUCAACUUCAAUUUCAAUUUCAACCUCUGCUGCACGGCGGGUAGAUGAGAUCGUGCAGAAGAUGCUGGUCAUGCGCCAUCUGGUCGGCCUCUGGAAUAUAAGUAUGCCCCUGUUCAGCCAGGGCCCGGCUCGCUGCUUGCUCGCCACGGGAACGCUCGACCCUGCCUCUCCGCUAGCCGUGGAGGUACGAUCCUCUCUGGACCGGGUGCUGUUGGCCUCUACCACGCUGCAUGUACCAUCGGAUGCAUACGCUGCGGCAAUCGACUCGCUAUGGCACUGUUACAAGUGCUGCGUCCUGUCGACGCCGCCGGACUGGCUACGGGCUCUGGCUUGGCCGAACAUGGUUCCGCGGCCGUUCAUGUCGGAGCUGCUGGAGAAGAAGCCUCUUGCUCUAGUCCUGCUGGCUCAUUACUGUGCUCUGCUGGUGCUGCAUCCGGGCAGUUGGUGGACGCACGGGUGGCCGCGGCCGGUGCUUUUUGCUCUGAUCGAAGCUGUCGGUGAAAAUGGACAGGCUCACUGGAGAGAUCUGUUCGCCUGGCCUGUCAAGGUUGUUGCCAACCAGCCUGAUACUGGUGAGUGAACGCAACUGAUUGACGUCAAAUAACGGUCACUUUUACUAUGUAAAGGAAUCCCCAUGCUAUCGAGCUGUGCCGUUAAGGAUCAUCCCACGGGUGGGUUCGGCUCGUACAACCUAAUGUCGACGGGCUAACGGGCAAAGUAGUCACUCGACUCAAGGCAAUCCUACCGUGUCUGACGGGACGCCGGAGCAAGGCAUCGUCACACCCAGGCUCAGGAGAUGAUACCUGGGAACGCACAUCUAGUGUUUCUAAGAACGGCGUUUCACAGCUUCCAACCCGUUUGUAAAAUAGCAAUGAUCAGUCUCAAUCUCAAGAGAUCCUCCCUCUACGACUCUACUGCAGAUGCCCCUCGCCUGGGUGCCUGCCGCU